UAAAAGUAGAAAUUAAUUAAGAAGAAAUGAAUAUAUAAGAAAAAUUGAUAAAACUACAAAGAAAAAAAUUGAUGACGCUACAAGGAAACAAUGAAAACGAUCCAAAGGUGUACGCGCAACGUAUAUUGAACCGCAUGAUAAGAUUGUCAAGGUCGCCCCAACAGUGUAUAGCUGUGGUUAGCUAAAAGACAACAUAUUAAACAAAUCAAUGUUGUGAUAUGUUUUUCUAACUUUUUCUAUUAAAUUUAUCUGUUAUAAUAUUAAUGAAAAAUUCAAUAGAAUUUAACGAUAAUCUAAUGUUAUGCUACAAAAUACUAUUAAAAAUUUUAAUUCUUCUGUUAUUUGUCAGUUAGUCAUACGAACAGUUCCAAAUUCUCCUUCACUUAAAUCAAUUUUUAUUGACGUACUGCAUGUCAGUACAUACAACUCAUUUUCACUCACUAAUCGACUUAUAAAAUAAUUAUAAUAACGAUAUAAAAUUUCUUAUUUAUUAUUUAUACUUUGAUGUUUUAUCUCGGGAAUGUCGCAACGGUUCGUUCUAAUACAUUUUUUUGACAUCGAAAAGUGCAAUUCAAUUUAUCUGAAUCUGAGGAUCCAGUAGGAAAUGUCUUACAGUGAUGGUGGGCGACCGGUACGAAAAUUCGGUACUAAGUCACCUAAAAAGCUUUGCGUGACUAAAAGUGAAAAUAGUGAUAAAACUACGACGACUAUUAAUUGCAACAAUCAUCAUCACAAUCAUCAUCACCAUCAUCAUAAUCAUCGGUUUAUCGAUAAUCCACAACCGUCGGUGCACAAACGCAAUUUGUAUAUUGUUUCUUUUCCCCUUAUAUUAUUGUUUAACGUAUUAAGAACUUUGCUUUAUCAACUUUUUGUGGUGUUUAAGUACUUAUAUACAUCUACCUCACAACUGAUUCAACGAAGACAAGCUACUAAACAUAGUUGCCAGCUUGAAAUAGUUGUUGGUCAAAAGUCUGAUAAUAAUUUGAUUAAUACUGCACAAAUUGAAAGCGAAGAAAUGUCACAAGUACCUAAGAGAGCUAUCGGACCGGGUCCUGGCGAUCCACUUCUUGCUAAACAAAAGCAUCAUCAUCGUAGAGCUUUUGAAUUUAUUAGUAAAGCGCUUAAAAUUGAUGAAGAUAACGAAGGUAAAAAGGAAAUGGCUAUAGAACUUUAUAAGAAAGGAAUUGGUGAAUUAGAGAAAGGAAUAGCUGUUGAGUGUACUGGUGGCCGAGGUGAAGUGUGGGAGCAUGCACAAAGAUUGCAUGAUAAAAUGUGUACAAAUUUAGCAAUGGCUAAGGAUAGACUUGACUUCUUAGUGAGUGUGUGUGAGCUGAAAAAACUGGAUAUCGCCAAUGAAUAUCGUACUUCUGGAAAUAAAUUGGACAAUGAACAUCCAGGAAAACUUCUGAGGGCUCGUCGCAGUGUACACACAUUACAGACUACUCGUACAGCUUCUUUAAAUAUAAGUCAUAAUAAAAAUCUGAAUAAUUCACAAACAGUAAAUACAGGACAGAACACAUGCACUCAGAUUCCUAAAUUAAGGCCACGAUCUCCAAAAAACUGUUGCGUGCAUCCUUCUGAAGCAUCAGGAAGAAAAUUAUCUGUUCCUGGGAAACGAUUAAUGGGUACAAACAUGAGUAAAAGUCAGACAUUGCCACGCAGUAUGGGACGCACAACAAAUAUUCAACCUACUCACAGAGUGACACCUAUAAAACCAUCAUCAACACCACCUUCUGUGAAAAGACAAUUAUCCGUACCUGGUAAUGGUUCACCUCUAAGAAGGCCUGCAACACCAACUACAUCAAACAGCAAUAGAAGUACACCAACACGAAAAGUACCUCUUUUGAAAGGUGUAGAUCCAAAGCUUGCUCAAGUUAUAUUAGAUGAAAUUUUAGAAGGUGGAACAGCUAUACAGUGGGAAGAUAUUGCUGGUCAAGAGACUGCAAAACAGGCUUUGCAAGAAAUGGUGAUAUUACCCUCAUUGCGACCAGAAUUGUUCACAGGAUUACGAACUCCUGCAAGAGGAUUGUUAUUGUUUGGUCCUCCUGGAAAUGGAAAAACUCUCUUAGCACGCGCUGUAGCUACGCAGUGCAAUGCAACAUUUUUUUCAAUAUCUGCUGCUAGCCUAACUUCUAAAUAUGUAGGGGAAGGUGAAAAAUUAGUAAGGGCACUUUUUGCAAUAGCAAGAGAAUUACAACCAUCUGUUAUUUUUAUUGAUGAAGUAGAUUCAUUAUUAAGUGAACGUAGGGAUAAUGAACAUGAAGCUUCAAGACGGUUGAAAACAGAAUUUCUUGUUGAAUUUGAUGGUUUACCGUGUAAUCCCGAGGAGAGAGUGCUCGUAAUGGCUGCUACGAAUAGACCACAAGAAUUAGACGAAGCAGCAUUAAGAAGAUUUACAAAACGAGUAUAUGUAACACUACCAGACAUAGCAACAAGAAUUAUGUUACUUCAGAGACUUUUAGCAAAACAUAAUGAUCCAUUAACAAAGGAUGAACUCAAGGAAAUGGCGAUUUUAACAGAAGGAUAUUCUGGAAGUGAUUUAACUGGUUUAGCUAAAGAUGCAGCUCUUGGUCCUAUCAGAGAAUUGAAUCCAGAUCAAGUAAAAGAACUUGAUCUUAAUUCUGUACGCAAUAUUACAAUGCAAGAUUUUCGUGAUUCUCUUAAGAGAAUUCGUAGAUCAGUAUCACCUGCAAGUUUGGCUGCAUAUGAAAAAUGGAACUUUGCAUAUGGCGAUGUAAGUCUUUGAUUUAAGUUAAACGUCUCUGGGAAGAGGCUUUCAAAUUAGUUGUUCUUCUAUAUAAGUUUACAAAUAUUUACGAUACAAUAUAUAUUGGAAAUUAUAAAGGAAAGAAGGAAGAAAAAAUGUCAUAAAGUCAUUUACUGGAACAUAUUGACCAUAAUGUAAAUAUGUGUAAUGUUUUUUUUUCAAUAUUUAUAUUAAUUAAUAAUUAACGGAAAAAAAACAUAAACGAAAACGAAUGAAUAUUCUAGUCAUAUGGUUAAUGAUAUUUUUUUGAUAAUACAAUAUAAUAUCAUAUAUAAUAUAACAUUCAUUAUAUUAUAUUUAAAAUGGAAAAAUAAUAUUUAUGACUAAAAUUGAGUUUGUAUUUUAGUCGUUAUUUUGUUAUAAUAUCGUAAUCGUUUUUAUUAUAUUUAAUACCAUAGAGUCCUAAUAAUUUGAUUAUCUAUUUUCCAAACUUUUGUUAUUUGCAAUAAGAUUGUUCAUCAAAUUUUUAUUCAAAGUAUUAUUUCAUAGCUUUGAUGUAGUAUAAAGCAUUAUUUGAAAUGUUCUAAUGGAUAAUUGCUACCUAAUACAGCAAAGUUAUUGAAAAGUACUUUAUAUCAGAUGUAUUGUAAAUAAUAAGUUAUUAUUGAUAUACAUAUGUUGAUAUAAACGAUGAAAUAUAGCUCUGCAUCUAAAAAUAAGUAACAGCAUGUAUCUAUUUAAAUAAUAAGAAUGAAAUUUAAGUAUAUUAUAACUAAAAAGCAAUGAAAUAGUAAAUGUAUAUUGUAAUGCAAUGUAAUGCAAUGCAAAACAAUACACAUACAUAAGUACUCAAACCCAAUAUACAUACAGAAAAUUGUACACUUCCAAUAUUAUAUUAUAGGUAUUGUUAUAUAUUAAAGCACAGCUCAAAAAUUUAUUUGAUCGUUAUUAAGAACAAUGUAUUAUAACUUGUUUGACUAAUGCUAUCUGCCAAAGACGAUGGUAUUAUACUUUAAUAUAUAUUAUAGAAAACAACGAAAUAAGUGUAAUGGGUAUGAAAAAUUACAGUGAUUUACAGUUAA